AUGGCGAAUAAAAGAAAACUAGCGGUGCUUUUACUUGAGGAAAUAGCAGAAAGUUCGGAGAGUUCGGGUGAAUCCGAGGAUUCUUCGGACAGUGAAAUUGAAGAGGUCAAGCUACUGAGCAUAUUGAGGAGGGACAUUCCCAAAAUACUAUCGUUCUGCGACACAGUUGAGGAGUUUGACGACCUUGAAUUUAGAAAGAAUUUCAGAAUUGAAAAAGAUUCAUACAACAUCUUGUGCGAGCGACUUGCCCCCCAUCUAGAGGCAUUGCACGUCCAACAUGGAGCCCGAGGGAGGGGUCGGAGACAGGAGAUCUCUACAAAAAAGAAAGUUUUAGUAGGGCUAUGGUACUUUGCUAACAAAGAGACCAUACACUCUCUAGCAGUGACGUUUGGGGUCGCCAAUUCAACCAUCCAUGAUAUUGUGCAAGAGUUUGUUGCAAGCGUCAUGCAAAUCAAAGAUGAUGUGGUGAGAUGGCCAACAACGGAAGAAAUGGAUGUUUCUGAGGCGGCAUUUCGCGAAUUUCGAGGAAUACCAGGAAUUGUGGGUGCCAUUGAUGGCACAUAUAUGCCAAUUCCCAAGCCAUCAGGGUCAGGAACAGACUACAUAAAUCGCAAGAUGUAUUCCAGCGUUAAUACUCAACUAACCUGUGACCAAAACAUGAAAAUACUGGAUGUAUAUGCCGGGCACCCUGGGUCUGUGCACGAUGAUGUAGAUACUAGAUUUCCAGUAACAAUUGAAGUUCUUAAACAAUAG